GGAGAUAUGAACCUGACGAAUUUGAAUUUUCUGCGCAACUCGAACUGUCGGUAAAAUACAAAACUUAUUAUUGUACAAAUAAAUAAUAAAUACAAAAUUUAUAAAACGAUUGAAUAUAUUGAAACUUUUGUUAUAAAUGAAAGUUGUUUUAUUAUUGUUUGAUGGAAAUAAUUUUGCGAUCGCACGAUUACGACAUCGUUUAAUUUCCGGCGCCAUUUGUAAACAACAACAGUCGUCUGCUGUAACGUAACGUUGGUAGCUGCAGUGAUGACAAGAAUACGUAAGCAUGGCUUCAAAUCUAAAAGAUAUCUGAAGGUGUCAGAGAGUCAACAUGCCCGAUGGACCAAAACAUCGACUUACUCUAAUGAUCACAACUAUUUUUCCAUUCCAAACAUCUCAAAUGCAACAAGGGAGGAAGAGGUUUCUUGUGAAGGAAAACAGACUAGGUCAUCUGAAGACUGGAGAGAAGGGAGAAGAAUUGUUGAGCUAGAUGUCCUUGCCACUGGUCUAAGAGCAUGUCUUAAAUGUGGUUUGCCCCUACAGCUUGGACAUACUAUUGACAUACAGACAUAUGGUCUUGGAUGUCUACUGAAAGUACAGUGUUUUAAUACCAUUUGUAUGCAUGUAAACAGUGUUCCUACUGGAAAGCGUCAUGACAGAGUAUGGGAUGUCAACAGUAAACUUGCAACAGCCCUUGUUCACUCUGGACUUGGAGAAAGACAAGCUAAUAGUUUCCUAUCAGAGCUAAAUAUUCCAGCAUUUAGUUAUAAACUGGUUAGUGCAAGACUGAAAGAAGUAGGGAAUGUUGUUGAAGAGGUAGCCAAGGAAUCAACAAAUGAAGCACUGGAGAAAGAAUUGGCAGCUGUAGAACAAAAGAAGGGUUCACUUGUGGUUGCUGUAGAUGCAGGAUGGCAGAAAAGAGGAAGUGGUAGAGCAUAUGACAGCAAAUCAGGUCAUUGUUCCAUGAUUGGUCCAGAGACGGGAAAAAUUAUAAACUACUCCGUAAGAUCAAAAGAGUGCAGAGUUUGCAGUAGAGCAGAAUCCAGAAAUGAAAGUCCAAGAGAGCAUGCAUGCUACCGUAACUGGGAAGGUAGUUCAAAGGGGAUGGAGGCUGAUAUGGUGAUAGAAAUGGUGAAAGAUGUACAGAGUAAAGGCUGUACAGUAGCUGCAUUAGUUGGAGAUGAGGAUUCAACAACAAUAGGACGAGUACGGGCAAACAUCAGUAAUAGCAUUGAAAAGAUAUCUGAUAGAAAUCACUUAAAGAAGAUUCUUGGAAACAGUCUUUACUCUCUUAAGAAAAAUCAUCCUGUUUUAACAGUUAGAAUAAUCAAAUAUUUACAAAGUUGCUUUAACUAUAUAAUAGCCCAAGGUGAAGGUAAUCCAGAACAAGUAGCAAAAGAUCUCAAUGCACUUUCGAAACAUCCUUUUGGUGAUCAUCAAUGCUGCUCAAGUCGAUGGUGUAAAUUUCUCAGCAAUCCAAAGUCUGUUUUUAAAUCAUUUCCUCAAGGAAAACCUCUGUCGGGUUCAGGUCUACAAAAGUCUCUGGAAAGUGUUUUUGAAGGAUAUGCUAAGAACAGCCUUAAAUUGUCAACUGUCGGUAGUACUCAAGCUAAUGAGAGUUUCAACAGAAUGGUUUCUGCUAAAGCACCAAAGCAUGUUCAUUACAGUUCUUCUGGAAAUUUGAAUUACAGAGUUGCAGCAAGUGUUGCCCAGAAGAACACAGGUCACAGAUACCUAGUUAAUGUUAAUAAGAAGUUGGGGCUUUCACCAGGUUACCAUACUCAGCGCCUUGCCAGAUUAAGAGAUUAUCAGCGAUCAAAGCAGAGGGCAUUGGCAACUACAAGAGCAUUUAAAAGAAAACGACUGGAAAAGAAAGCUAAGAUGCACCAAAAGCUUGCAUCUGCAGAAGUCAGAGAAGGUGUCUCCUAUCAAACAGGAUGUUCUCUUGAUGCAGCAAUAUCGGAUGAUAUUCAGUCUAUUCCUGCACCAGUUAUUACUCCAGAAUAUCUUCCUUUGGAACCAAAGACCUUGAAUGACAGUUGCAUGACAUACUUUGAUGUUGAAACAACAGGACUUGGCAGAGAUUCUCACAUAAUACAGUUGUCUGCUGUCAACAGCCAAAACACAAAAUUCAAUAGAUACAUAAAACCAGCUAGACCUAUAUUACCACAAGCCUCAGAAGUGACUGGUUUGAAGUUUCAGAAUGGGAAAAUGUACCAUGAGGAUAGAGAAGUUCAGAGUAUUGGAAUUUCUAAUGCCUUAAAAGCUUUUAUUCUCUUUCUGAAAGAAAUUCACAACACUGUACUUGUUGGGCAUAACUCCAAAAUUUUUGAUGUUCCAAUAUUAAUUAAUGCACUUGAAAAAAAUGGUCUACUUAAUAACUUUAUGUCAUCAGUGAAAGGAUUUAUUGACACACUUCCUCUUUUCAAAGAGUGUAUACCAAAUCAACCAUCAUAUUCACAGCCAAAAAUUUAUAACGCUUUAUUUGGUGAACUGUAUAGUGCUCAUGAUUCCAUGGAAGAUGUUGUGGCUCUACGUCGCUUAUUUGAGAAAAUAUCACCUAGUCUUGUAUUGAAAUCCAAAUUCUCUGGCACUAAUGAAUCUGUAAUGCAGUUGUAUCAACACAGAAACUGUACAAAAGGUUUGCUUACAACACUGAGACCUCUAACAAAUAGCAAAACUAUAACGAACUGUAUGGCUACGAAAAUUGCUAGCAGUGGAUUAGGUCUAAGCCAUCUUAAACUGGCACAUAAAAGAGACAGACAACAAGGAAUAGAGAAUCUAUUUACAGAAUUAUGUGGACAUCCAUCAAAAGCUCGUGUUACAAAGUCAAAAAAAAUAAUUCAAGCAACAUCAAUCUAUCUGAAUGACUUUGAGGAAUGAACUAUAAUACUCAUGUAUAUAUAGUUUUAUUGACAAAAUAGACUACUAAGCUUGAUUUUAUUUGUAGUUGAUUUUUUUUUACAAUAUAUCAAAAUUUAGAUGUAAAAA